CACGAUAGAGUGUGUGUGUGUCUGUGUGUGUGUGUGUGUGUGUGCAAAGUAAGACAACAAAAAAAUAGGGGAGGUGCUUUAAUGAACUAUAGUGAAUGCAUUGAUUUUGUGGGAUCUGGGCGAUACACACAGACACACACACACAGAAAAAUGGAGGGGGAAGUGGACGACGAAGACGGGAUGUUCACCAACAUCUCUCUGGCUGAUGACUCAGCCGACUGUGACUCUGCAGCCCUGCGCCCUAGACCAGACGAGCAGCUCUCCACCAUGAACUGUGACAUGGAUGACAUGGAGAAUCAGGUUGAAGUGGAGGAGAAGACACGCCUCAUUAACCAAGUGCUGGAGCUCCAACACACACUAGAAGAUCUCUCUGCCCGAGUGGAUGCUGUGAAGGAAGAGAACCUGAAGCUGAAGUCGGAGAACCAGGUUCUGGGCCAGUACAUUGAGAACCUCAUGUCAGCCUCGAGUGUGUUUCAGACCACUGACACCAAGAGCAAACGGAAAUAAACACGUGGAGCAUUGUCUUCAUUCCCAACGGCUAGCUCAUCCUUCCACAGAGGCCAGUAUGCACCAAUGUUCAGGCUUUCACACGUACACCCAUGAGCUCUGAGUUUAUUUUGUUCUAUAAAAACUUAUUUCACUCUUCGCCUCUGCAUUCAUUGCCUUAUCGUCCUGGCAGGUUGUGGAUAAUGCUCAUGCUGAGAGACAUAUGCUCUGUUAAAGAGGUCAUUUUCAGUCUGUGGUCAGAUAUCGACAGCAUUAAUGCACAUCAGCUUCUCUGUAGGUCUUUUAUUAGCUUCUCAUCAACCCAUUUGAUAAAAUAGUGCAGUCUUCUUUUUAAAUACAGGGCAAACACAAUUUUGUUUUAGUGACCUGCUUGUUUUUUUUUUUUUGUACUUUGUCACUACAUUAUGAUAUGUUAAAGAUGAAAGCGCAGACGAGACGUGCCGUGAACUCUGCAGCACAGGAAGAUUAACCUGAACGUGCAUGAGGUGCCAUUAUGUAUUCUUCCAAAGAGACAUGCAUGAUUUAAGAAGCUGAUAUUGAUGAUUAUUGGCGAAUGAAUGGCAACGAUGUAGAACUAUCAUGGACUAUAAAUUUAUACUGUAUUCAGUUUAUUUUGCAUUAACAGUCAGAGAUGGAGUUGAUAAAAAGUCAGUAGAGGUAGUAGCUCCUCUACAGUUAAGGGGCUGUUUAUAAAUAUUCAGGGGCCAUAAGUGACAUCCUACUUGGGCCCCAUCAGACAAAGACAAUGUCUUUAUUGUCACAUAUGCAAAUACAGUACAGUUACAUUCUUUUCUUCGCAUAUCCUAGCUUGGGUCCGCCAUGAUACAGCGCUCCUAGAGCAGAGAGGGUUAAGAGCCUUGCACAAACGCCCAGUAAUGGCAGUUUGGUCAUUCUGGGCUUGAACCCACACCCUUCUGAUUAGUAGCCCUGAGCUUUAACCACUGAGCCACUACUGCCACCAGUAUGCAUGCUUGUUAGACAUAGAAUAGGCCUGUGCAUCAGGAUGUCAACUACUUUGCGUCACCAAGCCAGAUACAAUUUUCACACCACAAGGGGGCCUUCUAUGUGAAAUCCUGAUACAUGAGAACCAUGAACUCAACAUCUCCAAAAGAUUUGUAGAUCUCAAAAAAAUUAUUACAAUAUAUACACUAUAUGACCAACAGUAUGUGGACACCUGACCAUCAAACCCACAUCACACAUGGGCCUUCUCCAAACUUUUGCCACGUAACUGGAAGCACAUUGUGGUAUAGAAUGUCUUUCUAUGGUGUAGCAUUAAGAUUUCCCUUCACUGGAACUAAGGGGACCAAACAUGUUCUAGCAUGACAAUUCCCCUGUGCAUAAAGCAAGCUCCAUGAAGAAAGGGGUUGUGAAGUUUUUUUGGAAAGAGUCCAACUCCAACACUUUUGCGAUGAACUGGAAUAUUGACUGUGUGCCAGACCUUCUCGCCCACGACAUCACUAAAGCUCUGGUGGCUGAAUGGGCAAAAAUCCCAACAGCCACGUUCCAGAAUGUAGUGGAAAGCCCUCCCAGAAGAGCAGAAGCUGUUAUAAGGGUGUUAUAAUGCCCUUGGUUUUGGAAUGGGAUCCACAUGAGAUGGUCAAGUGUUCACAAACUGUUGGCAAUAGUGUACGAAUUAAAAAACAAACAAACAAACAAACAAAAAAAAAUUCAUUCUUACGGGGGCCCUAAGUGACUGCUUAUAGAGCUAGAAGCCGCUCUGUGUGUUAGAGACGAGAAGACUGUUCCAUAACUACCGAGGGUCACUUUCUUUCUUGAUUGAGCAGAUUUUUAAAUAGAUGCAUGGUGGCUAAUAAAUGAGAUCUAGGCUAGGUUAUUUAGCAACUUCCCAAGUCAGAUACUAUCACACUAAAUAGUUAAGGUAGUACUAUUUAGACAUAACUAGUUGCAGCAGUAUGCGAUUUGGGACACGAUUUUUCCACAAUACUGUCUUCCAGUUUAAUUUUUAAGUUACAAAUACAGACUGCUGCUUACAGAGAGACAUUUCCUUUCACAAAGGAGCAGAAAGUACAUCAGCUGUUGUCUUUGUUUCACAGAUAACAGACAGCAACAGGAGUAAAACCCCUGUUUGGUUAGCGCUAGUUCUUGGACAUUGACUUGCUAUGUCAGGGCUGUUAAUUUUUCACUGCUCUGUUCUCUGAUUGUUUACUCUCAUCUUAUUCACUUUGUUUAACAGCAUCUUCAAAAUGAAUAAAUACAACUGUAGCAAGAGGUGGAAAGAGAACAGUAGAUUGCACUAACAUUACAGUGAAGUGUAGAAAGGAUGACUUGCUGGAUACAUGAAAGGACAGUGGAGAUGAGGAUGUGAGACGGCACUAAUAAAUGGACCGUCUGGCUUUUACAGUAAAAAGGGAAAUAGCAGCCGUGUUGAGUGAUAUUGAUCUGAGAGAGUACUCUGGAUCCACGGGUGCAUUUGAUUUCUGCAAACCAUGUAGACAAAGUAGAGCCGGGAAAUAACAAGACAAUAACUUUAGAUACGUCUCCAACGCGGUCUCACUAAAUAAACAGAUUUUAGAGGUGCAGCGUAUGAGUAAGGUAGAACUGAUUAGAUUAAUGUAAUUACAUUUUCUGGACAUUAAUUAAUGUAGAGAUAGCAAUGUUACAAGUGUGACACUUCACUGUGCAACAUACAGAACUCAAGUCAUAAACAUGAUAGAGCUUCAUUGUUACAAAGGAAUGGUCAUGUAUUACAUUAUUUAUUAUUGUGUUAAUGUACUUUAAUAAUGUAUAUGAACAUUUCUUCAGGUAUUAACUUGAGGCUGCACACAUCCAAUGUAGAUAAAGCCUUGCGUGUAAAUUGUACUAUUACAAACUUGUGUUAAUAAAUUGUUUUUGCUUUUGCUUA